CACAAAGGGGUUUAAGCAAUUUGCCUUUGGUUUUUUAGAGUUGGGUGGAUGGUGUAGUUUAUCUGCGUGACGUUCGUGAAUUCGUGUUUUCCUGUUGGAAUUCUGUACACAAGCGAGGGAAUUAGAAGCGCUGUCGUUGUUGAAUUUCUCCCCAUAGUCGAUCAAUCAAAUCUGAUUGGGGUUUAUUCUGCAAUAUCAGACUACUGCACUUGAUGAUCUCAUAUUGGCAUGCUUUCUAAGAUAUGGUAUCAAAAAAGAGACAGAAUUACGGAUUUCGUGGCUACAGAGCCCCUGUUAUUCCCAGAGCUCCUCGAUCAAUAAGGGUAACCAUUUUUUCUGAGUCAUGUGUUCACAAACCACCUUCAGUAUUAUUCACUAUGUCACCAAGCAUGUCAUCUCUUAUUUCUUCCCAGAGGAGGGUCCCACUCAAGCAUUCUUUUGAAGACAGCAAACUUUGUGCCUUUGAACUACUCGCAGCUGUAGCUGGUAAGUUGUUGCAGGAGAGUGAAAGCUCUGCUUCGAGUAAUGUAGCCGAAGGAAAUGAAAAGCAGUGUGCUUCUGGAAAUGGAAAUGGUAAGGGCCAGCUUAUUGAUGAUAAGGCUUUGAAAUCAGAUAGCUUUGAGCAUGGAAGCUGUGCCGAGAGUUCAUUUGUUCCUGAGAUAUCCGUUCAAGAGCAAAAUCUCUUCCCCAGAUUCAAGGAGAAACCUGUGAGUUCGGAUGUUUUAGAGAAAGUUGAUUGCGGUGUGCAACUUGAGGAGGAGUGCAAAUUCAAUAAGAAUGGAAAUAGUGUUGGGGGAUCAGUUUGUUUUGGUGAUAGCUUCAACUUUAAAGUCGAGAGUGAACCAAAAAUGGAUUUGGGGGAUGAAAAAUGUCAGAUAGGUGAACUGUCAAUAGCCAAGACGUCUAAUGUAAAGGAACCUAACGAAGAAUGUGUUAAUAGUAAUUUGAUAAUUAAUUCAGAUAGUAGUGUACAGUUGCCCGUGUACAGGGAGCCUAUUGCUGAUGCUAGCUUGCAGAAGCAGUCGACUGAUGUAAAAUUAGGAGUUAGAGAUGAUGACGAAAAUUCUUAUAGGUGCAAGAAACUUAGCACCAAGGUUAGGCCCUUUAAGCCUCAACCAGGAACCGAACACCGUAGAAUAAGGAGGAUGAUGGCAUCCAAAUACAGAAAGGUCGCUCCAAAGCGAAAGGGUCUUGAACUUUAUAACAUUAGUGAGGGAAUGAAGUCGUUUUACCAGUAUAGGAAGCGAAUCUAUACACGAGAGUGGUGUCAACCAGCACCUAUCAAGAAAAGGAAGUUGUCUGAUAACAAAUAUUCAGUGGCUUAUGAUCAAGAUACCAGCAGCGGCAGUAUCUCUAAUUUGCCAGAGAAGGGAAUUAGGACAGCUAGUGAUACAGUGAACGAUUAUUCUAAAGGCAAGGACCCACAUGUUACAGCUAUUCUGGGGAACGGAAUACGAGUAGGUCUCCUUUUUCAAGGGAAGAAGGUCAGAGAUGACAAUAGAACUCUGCAGCAAGCUGGUAUUUCUCAGAGUAAUGACCUCGAUACCCUCGGUUUCACUUUGGAGCCGUGUUUUACUCAUGUUUCCUCAGCCAAGGCUGCUGCUAAGAAACCCUCCCCAGUAUUAACAUGUGAAGAAAGUCCUGAGUUACCUAGGUCUCCUGCCACUCUAGUGAUCAAUUCAUCAAUCUCGAAUGCUUCAGUGGGCCCACCACCGACCCAUUUGGUCAAUAAAUCUGAUGAAGACAACGAGGACAAUAAGAGACUCAUAUCAUCCUCUCCCGAGUCGCCCGCUGAUGAACUAAUAAUAGAUCGAGCGGCUGCUGCUGUUCCUGAGCCCAAUAAUGCUUUAGUAGCUUUGCCUCCAAUGAAUGUGGGUCCACUUGCAGUGGUCCCUGUCGACUCUAAAACCAAACGUUGUGAACUUUCGCAGCGUAGAAUCAGGAGACCCUUCUCAGUAGCUGAAGUCGAGGCACUCGUUGGAGCAGUUGAAAAACUGGGGACCGGGAAGUGGCGUGACGUCAAAAUAGGUGCUUUUGAGAAUGCUGAUCAUAGAACUUAUGUUGAUCUGAAGGAUAAAUGGAAGACUUUAGUUCACACGGCAAGCAUAUCUCCUCACCAAAGAAGAGGUGAGCCGGUCCCACAAGAGCUGCUUGAUCGUGUUUUAGUAGCUCACUCUUAUUGGUCUCAACAUCAGUCUAAACAAAUCGGGAAGCACUCAGCAGCCGAGCCUUUGAAAAUCGAGGAUCCUCGUGAGGAGAUUGUCGGAGCUUGAAGAAUCUGCAAAACGUGAUCUUGGAAUGUAGAAAAAUCGUUACUAUUAUAGGAAAAUAUAACAUUGAAGUUGUAAAAAAUGAAAGUUUGUCGUAACUUUGUUUAAAUGUCGGUUGUAAUUAUCUCUCACCCCCUGAUUCGUUGGUCGUUGCCUAGCCUUUUCAUGUUCUUCGGUGUAGACUGUAUUUGUUUUGAACUUUUGUUUCUGUACAUUGUUGUGGAAUAAACGGUGUUUUAACAGGUAGGUUUUGUUGGUGUAGCUUCAUGAAUCUUAUUAGCUUUGUUCUCUCAAAUUUAUUCCUCUUUUCCCUUGCGGCCUUCAAUUGAUUUUGAUGAUUAUAUGGAGGCUAAAGUUCAGUAUGGGAUUUUUGAUCUGUAAUUUUGAAUGCACGAUAUACAUGUGGCAUUUAUUGAACUUGUG